UAUGAAAUAUCGCCCUCUGUUGACAUUGAUGUAUUCAAGAUGGCAGCCUCCGGUGCAUCAACACAAGCAGCAAAACAAGUUUGGCGAUUGCUUAUGACAGGGCAUCGUUUUGAGAGCGUACUAAGUAAAGUUGAUAUCACAUCUGCAAGCCCUGGGCGAUGUCAGUGUGAGCUGACGGUGCAGGAAGAGCAAGCAAACAGACGAGGAACGCUACAUGGAGGGUUUAUAUCCACAUUAGUAGACACUCUAACCACAGUAGCUGUUAUAUCGUCAACAGCGGGUGUACCAGGCGUUAGUAUAGAGCUCUGUGUUAGCUUUCUUAAGGCUGCCAAGAUUGGGGACAAGCUGACCAUGGAUGCUGAGGUCGUUAAAGCCGGCGAGAGCCUUGCAUUCACAACGGCCAAUCUCAUGAACUCCAGCGGUGACAUCAUUGCUCAGGGAAAACACAUCAAGCACGUCGGACGCAAAGAAUUAGCCGAGGACUUUGUGAAGAGUUGAUGAACAGAAUGCUGGUGGUGCGAUGUCAUGGCAACAAAAAUGGUACAAGAUAUUAAUAAUAAUAGGGGCUUCUUAUACAGCGCUCAUAUCCGUCACUCAGUGAUGCUCAAGACGCUCUAACAUACAGUAUUUUUCUGCAAGGCAUGUGGGUCUACGUUUGAAUUAGGAGACCUACUCAUUUUAAAUAGCACCAUGUAAUGGUUUACAAUGUGCAAUAUGCAGCCAAUCAAACCAGGAACACCAGGCGAAGGGGAACCCCUUCUCUUUUCGAGAAGUGCACUGUGUCUUUUUGCGUGUGUUACACAACACAGGGGACCAUCAGCCUUAUGUCCCAUCCUAAGGAUUAAGGAUCAUGGUAAAGUGUCUUCUCACUUGUCUCUCUCAAUAUAUUAUGCAUAAAAUAACAAACCUGUGAAAAUUUGAGCUCAAUUGGUCGUCGAAGUUGCGAGAUAAUAAUGAAA